AUGAAGGACGUAGAUUCUCCACUCCCUGAAGAAACUGGUCAUCCUCUUCCCACUCCUCUCUCGCAACAUCCGCCUGUGCCAACCGAUCUCAUUAGCACCCACGCCAACAACACCACCGUGCAAUCGAAUCCUGACGAAAGGUGCGACAUCACAAUGUCCGGAGGCGGGAUGAGUAAUGACAACCAGUCGCAACCUCAGUCUCAGCCUUCCGUACCAGCUGUGUCCUCUGCUUCCGCAACUAGCUCCGCAAAUACCUUUCACUUAAACACCAGCAACAAUGCAUCCACAACCCCGAUACCGCAAGUGCGGCUCGGCGGGGCACCAGCGCGUGUGUACUUGAACGAAAAGAUAGUGCCGUAUUUAUUAGAAGGAAUGAAGACACUCGCGAAAGAGCAACCCUCAAAACCCCUGCGAGCCCUUGGUGAAUACCUUAUACAGAAGAGCAAUGAGGUUGAGGAAUGA